GCCCUCGCCCAUGUUUUUGGCGUGGAGCGUGUCGCUGCUCGUAGCAUCUGCCUGGUGUUACUGGUACCUUCUCAGCCGUGGAGCGGUCAGCCGCACCGCACCUCUUUCACACGACUUCCACCGCGUGAUCCGCAUCAACGAUGGCGCGGCGCAGAGGGAGGAGGAUGCCGAUGGAGAUCCUUUGUCCGGCGACUUCAUCAGCCUUCAGCCGAAAGCGGCGAAGCGCAAGGGAUGGAAUGUGAUCCACUACCUGCCCGGGUCGGCCUGUGUUGCCCUCUGGCCUAAGGCAAGGAGGGACUCUUCACUCAAGUUCGACCUUCUGGCCACGUUCGAAGUGCUGCCCGCCCUCAGCGGCACGCCGGGCGCUGUGAGCAUCCACCUCACGAGUGAGCCCGGGCACUUUCUGAGGGCGGACACGCAGUCGGCCGGUCGCUACAUUAAGGGGCACUUCUACGGGAGCAAGUACAAGGCCUAUCGGAGUCUCGCAGAUGUCAAGGCUCCGCAGAGGACGAGCAGGCUCCACAAAGUAGGUACAUGGCGCAUCAAUUCUCGAAUGUCAUCCGUGGAACAGCCCUCACUGUCUUUCUCUUCUCCCUCUGUUUGGCCCUGCCUUCCUUCCUUGAUGCAGGAGGCGUCCUUCUUCAUGCGGGAUGUCGACGCGUCUUCGUCAUCGGGGGGCGCAAGUGCGUCGAAUGAACUGUCCGACGUUGCCUCGGAUGAGUCGCCGUCUGACGACGAAGAGGCUGCCGCAUCCGAAGAGGAUGCCACGGUGAAGAGUCCGUCGACGCGGCGUGAGGCACGUACUGUGGUGUUUGAAUCUGAGGCCCUGCCCGGCCUCUACAUCCGCUAUGGCAACCAGAAUCUCCUCAGUCUGACCGAGGUGACGUCCCGAAUCGCAACAGUCUCUGGCUCGCCAACAUUGCGGCGUCGUCUGCCGUUCCUUGCCGGUAACGAUGAGCUGGCGCGUGUGCCUUUUACCUGGAGGGUAUGGCCAUCUCGGCUGGUGGUGAGAGGGUACAGUCCCCUGAGUCUCGUCUCACGCUUCAGCCCACACGACACGCCGUCAUUGCGUCCCGAGGACCUCCACAUCAAGGCCAUAUACAGCAUCUUCUCCCUUCAAGACAAGUCAGCCCAUGUGACGCUGUUUGAGAAAUUCGUCCAUUCGGCCAUGUUGACGAGCGUCGCUCUGCCCUCACGGCCCUCGGGCGGACGCGCAUCUGUUCCGCCAGUGGAUCCUCCGCUUGAGAUCCGGGCACGCAUGAUCCACAUGCAGGGCGACGGGACAGCCAAAUCCGAGUCGUGGUAAGGCAAAACACGUCCACGAUGAGCAGACAGCCACGUGCACUCACAAGACGUCCUCUUCUGAGUACCGAAGGUCUGCCCCUCGCCUACCUGGUUCAGGUUUCAUGCGAUAGCCAGCCAAUCGAGGUACUGGGUGGAUGUUGUUCGCGAGAACUUCCACUUCAACAGGAGCGAAGACUCGCAUUCCAACGCCACUCAGGCCACAUGUGUCAUCGGCUGUGAUGUCGACAUCCAAUUCUACCCGGGAUGGCAGACAAAGGUCAAGGAGUGCCUGCAGCAGCACGACAUAUGCUUCCAAGUGAGCGCACCAGCAGACAGACAUCCAGACACAAGAGCCGGCGAAGCACCCACAGCAUUUCGAUUGACCCUGUUUCCUCCGAGCAGCGCGAGGCGCCCAUCAACACAGGCUUUUUCGCCAUGCGGUGUAACGAGCGGACACUGCACUGGUGGACCAGCGUGCGGGACCAUCUCGUCAAAGACCGGAAGGGCCGCUUCAACAAGGUGCGUCGAAAAGGUAUUGGCAACACACAUGCGACCUGUACAGGUGCCGUAUGUUUUCUGUGUCUCCUUGCAGUGGACUCGCUAUGUGUUGACGAGCGCUGAGGACCUCAAGAUGAGAUGGUCGACAUUCAGCCACCAAGCUAUCCUGCGAGGACGGUCUGCUGCAAUCAACCACAAAUCGACUCCAAUGGUACGCACGAUCUUCUGUUGUAUGGCCCAUUUCGCGUACAGGAGUGCAUAUUUGCUGCCUGUCGCGUAUCAGAUCCAUCAUGCCAUCGGCAUCAAGUCGCCUGAUGCAAAGCUUCAUUCGCUGCGGAAAAUCAGGGAGAGAUACCUCGCCACAUCCACGUAAGGACACAAACCACUGACAUGACAUGUCCACUUUUUUCUGUCUGUCUUGCAUCGUGUCUCCCAUAGCAACCGAUUUGCACGAUUUGAACGUGCAAGUGGCGGGCUAAGGGGGGCCCUGCGUGCGCUUGGCGCGACAGAUGGCGGCGGACAGCCUUCAAGUCCAUUUGUGGUUCGUCAUCUCGCACAGGACACAUGCAGCAUUUCCUUGCGGACAGGACCGGCCAGCCUUUCAGAUAGAGCUUAUGAGUCAAACGAGUCUUCCAGUGGCAGUGUCGCACUGCAGUGCGUUCAACGGACACAUACAUAAAUGAUUGAAUCGUCCACGUGC